AUGGCAGCCAAAUAUGCAACAGAAAUUGAAAUAGAAGCGAUCACAGCAAGAGAGUUGCCCUCGAACGAAACAUCGAAAGCCUCCUGCUCUUUUUUAAGUCCAUCUACUUCUUCAACACUGCAAGACAACAAAAAAGUACAACAAGCGCCACUUUCUCGUACUCAAAGUAACUUAUCAGGAUCUCCUUCACAAGUCCUACUAGCCAAGCAAUCAAGUUCUUCUCAUUCAGGUCGACACUCUCCUGAUCUCCGCGAUGUAGUUAAGGACUCGAUGUACAGGGACGCCUGCAAUUUAUCUGUAAAAACUGUCGCUAAAGUAGAAGGUAGAGUCCACGUGAUUAAGCACAUAGAUUCUCCGAGGCCUCUUCAGCACUCGAAUUAUGGGAAGGCAUCCAGUGUAACAGCACGCGGUCCUGCAAAGCUUUGUGAAGCACAUUGGAAUGCAGGGGAAGAUAAAGUUGGUUUCUUACAGCGUGCACCAAAGGAUCGUCCUCGUUUCUCAUGUGACGGAAGAGAAUCAACAGAAACAAUGCAGUCUAUGAUGAAGCUAAAAGAUCUUCCUAGAUUGUCAUUGGACAGUAGACAACAAUCCUUGAGGAGAUCAGUCUUUGAAUCCAUAUCAAAUUCUCUUUUAGGGGAUCAAGAACUGCAAUGUCAUAAUCGAUCUUCCAGCGUUGUAGCAAAGCUAAUGGGGUUGGAACCUUUUCCAAAUCCCGUUCCCUCAACGGAUACUGAGAUUGUGACACCUAACACUUCCCCGGCUAAAGAUUCUAUUUUUAUAUCAACAAGAUCAGCUCGAAAGAGCAAGACAAAUCAAGUUACCAUGUCACCACGGAUUUUGGAAUGGAAUUUUGCCUCUCCACGGAUGAAAUCCACCAACUCAAUCAUGAGACCUGCCUCAUCUUCAGGGCUUCCACAAGAAUCUGCUCGCUGGAGGCAACAAGAGGCCAGUCGAGCCUCCCAAAAAUCUGUCAGAUACAAGGGCAUGGAAGCUUCACCACAGAGUCCACACCUUUCUUCCUCUGCUUAUUGCGAAAUUGAGAAAAGGACAAUAGAACUAGAGUUCAGAAGGGCUGGGACUGAUCUCAGCACUCUGAAACAGACACUUCAAGCAAUGCAGAAGACAAGAGAAAGGUUAGAAGGCCAAAGAGCUCCGCAGGUAUCUGAUGCUGAGUUGCAGCCAGUGCAGCAGAGGAAGCAACGUAGCCCGCCAUCACUGACUAAAAAGGUGACCAACCCCUCAAAAAGAUCAGAAUCAUCAAAUUUGACACCAAAACCAGCCAAACAAAAGGAUAAAAUCAGACUCGCAAGUUCCGCUGCCCCAACUGCAAAUGUCUCCAAAUUUCAAGAAGUUUACACUCAAGGGCUUGCACAUAACAAAGAUGGCACAGUUGACAAGCAAACAUCCAAAGGUAUGACACCUGGAACGUACAAUGUCACGUGCUCUGGCCGUUAUCUUCCUUCCCCAGAUAAGAAGGCUAAAGGAAGAACAUUAAAGGCAGUGCAAACAACCUCUUGUCAACAAAGGAAAGGAACUUCCAGUCCUGUACUAGGAAAGAAUUAUGGAACUUUAAGUCCAAAACUACAGCAGAAGCAACAGUGCAUGGACAAACAAGCUUGUCAGACCAUUCAAUCAUCAGAAACCAGCAAGGUUAAAAGGCAAUCAAUUAAGCAAAUUAAGGAACCGGGGUCUUCAAAAAGGAAUCAGAAAGCAAAACCUAGCAAUAUGCAACAAACUGAUGAUCUAACUGAAAUCAGCAGUUACAAAAAAAAAUUAAGUGAGCAUGCUCGUGCAGUUUCUGUUCUAUCGGAAAUCAACAACAGUUUGGAAAGCACAAAUUGUUCCUUCCAGAUUGAUGCUAAGAGGCAAGAGGACAAUAAAGAAAGAGGUGACACAUUGAGGCUUACUGAAGACACACCAACAAAUGAACUUGCAAUAGCAACAGUUGAACAACUAAGUCCUGUCUCAGUGCUUAAUGCUAUAUUCUAUGUUGAAGAUUCACCAUCUUCAGUCAAGAAGAAUAUUGUGACUGCUUUUAGAGAUGAUGGGUUUGCAGGUCCUGAUGUUUGGUGUCCAGAUGACCUAGAUCAUUCACCUUACAGGACCAGACUUGACCUUGACAUCGAGUCCAACCAUAAGAUAUUAGAAAGCAAGGAUGACUUGGUUCAUGAGCUCAGAACACCAAACUCCACCAUCCACGAAGCAAACAUGGAUCAACUUGCAUCCUUAUGCCAGAACCACAAUCCAGACCACAGAUACAUUACCAAGAUACUACUGGCAUCUGGCCUUCUAAAAGAUGUGGCCUCCAUGUCCACAACCAUUCAGCUUCACUCACCCAGCCAUUUGAUCAACCCAAAAUUGUUCGACAUCGUAGAGCAGACUGAGGAAAGCAGUUUGCUAGCAACUGAAAAACACAGUGAAGAGAUUGCUCAGAUAAAAUUUGAUCAUAAGACAAGAAGGAAGAUCACAUUUGACACCGUCAAUGAGAUUCUUGUCCGCAAACUAGGUUCAGAUAACAAUAUAAUGCAGAAUAAGUGUUGGAAUGCGACGCAGCUUCUGAAAGAACUGAAGUCGGAGAUAGACCAUUUCAAUUCUAAAAGAGACGUUAGCAUGGAUUCUAAAGAUGAUGAAUUGAUCAGCAUUCUAAAUAAAGAUAUGAUGCAUCAAUCAGAAGAUUGGACAAAUCAUCACAAUGAGAUCCCACUGUUGGUAUUGGAUGUUGAGCGCUUAAUAUUUAAAGACCUGAUUAGAGAAAUCAUUAGUGAUGAGACUACCGAACAGCAUAAAACACCAAGACAGCAUUGUAGAUAA